AUGUUACGAUGUAUGAUCCAAAAAAGUUUUAGUAUCAUUUGUAAUUCGCCAAGUAUUGUAAGUUUAUCAACUGGAGAAUGGAAUCAAGUGACAUUAUCCACAGCCUUAGACGGGAAACAGUCCGUCUAUCAUCAGCAAGACAUCCUGGAUGACAAUGGAAGUGUUGCUCAUAUUACACAAUCAAAAGACAUUGAAGAAAUAAGCGAUCUUCAUCAGACAGUUAGCAGCACAAACACAAAUGUGACGAAGCUAAGAAACAUAACACAAUCAAGUGAUGGUCGUGUUAAAGAUGGAAACCGGAACAUCCUUGAUGGUGCUACCAAACCCCCUCAAAGAAAGUCAAGCAACGAUGCCCCCCUGGCUACCUCACAAAGUACCUCUCACAAAGUUCAGAUAAAACAGUUUAGCAAUCGUUAUCAUGGUAAUAGAGGCAAAUAUGCCCUAAACACUAAACAACCUGUAAGUCCUAUAUUCACAGGUUAUUAUAAGCCCAACACCUACUAUAAUUCUUCUGUACAAAACUCAUCGAAAUCAACCUCAACCUAUCCGAGUUUUAUAGCAACCCAAAACUUGUCUUUGAAGACUGGACUGUGUUAUAAACAAGUUCAUAUAUGGACUAACAAUGGAAAUAUCAGCUAUUCAAACCGCGUUGGAGAUUUCCCAUGUCAUGGUCAACCGUGUGGACUCCGUCUCGUGUUUAAUACUGAAUAUGAUACCCUUAACAACAGCGAUGCACUGAUUCUUUACCAUACGACUACAUUGGACUGGGAAAAAUUGCAUCGUUAUAAACCAAAAGGACAGAAGUGGGUUUUCUACUCUCACGAGAGUCCAAUUCACACGAAUAAAGGCAUUGUUCCACCACAUAAAUUCUAUAACAAUAGUUAUGAUCUCAUCAUGUCAUAUAGGGUAAGGGAAUCCCAUAUCUAUGGUGGAUUCGGUCGUUACUAUACAGAUUACCCGGAGAUAAAGGAAAGAAGAAACUGGGCUGAAAAUAAAACCGAACUGGUUGCUUGGAUGGCAUCAAACUGUGACUGUCUAUCAUGGGAUCGCAAUGGUUUUGUCAAAGCACUGUCUAGUUUCAUUCCAGUUAGCACAUAUGGUAUUUGUGGAUCAGAACCUUGCCCGAAAGAUGAAAGAUGCAUGCAAACCAUUGGAAAACACAAGUUUUACCUGGCCUUAGAGAACACAGCAUGUCGAGACUACAUCACAGAAAAGGUAUGGAGGAACGCCCUUCUCAAUCACGUCGUACCCGUCGUUUUUGGGGCUCCAAGAGAGGACUAUGAACGCAUUCUCCCGCCAAAUUCCUUCAUUCAUGUCGAAGACUUUAAAUCUGUCAAAGAAUUGGCAGCAUACCUGCUUAAUGUGAGUAAAAACGAUACACUUUAUAACAUGUAUUUUGAGUGGAAGAAAUUUGGUUGGGUGAAAUUGUCUACAGAGAUGUAUCUUUGGGAACCAGAGCAGAUAUGUCACCAUAUCGUAUCAAGACUACUUAAUGAUGAGAUGGACAUGAUGGAAGGAAAAUAUCAUCAACCAAUGUUUCCUGAUUGGACAGAUUGGUGGACUAAUUCAUGCAAAACAGAUUUCACGUGGCCAAUCAAAUUUCAUUGA